AUGAGGACCCUCGACUCUCCUGCAGUCGAAGUGAGCGUCGAUUCUCCUGAGAGGCACGAUUCCAUUCCAAGCAGCACCAGCAACAAUGGCAGUACUUUUCACUCUGGACUCGGGGAGACAAAACAUUUGAUGGAGAGAUUGAACACCGCGCAGGUGAAGGUCAAGCGACUCCAGCGGCUAGAAGCCGCACUCGUAGACUUCUUCAUGGAGGUCAUGGACCGCAGUGACAAUAACGUCCGGGCCGAUCAUGCUACGCGUUCGCUUGAAGCCGAGUCGGCAUUUGUGCGAGGAAAGCGGAAGGAGCAGUUUCUCAAGAAAGCCGAAGGUGAUCCGAUCUCUUUGUUGAAUGCACUACGAACACAUCUUCGUCUUAAAUUUGCAGAGCAGGAAGCGCAGGAGGCUGCGGCUGAACGGAGAUUUCUCGUGGAAACCUUAACUAACCAGCAGAAGGAGCAGGAUACCCGAGAUAAGUUUCAGCAGCUAGAGCUAUCAUGCUGUCAGCUCAAGGAGCAGCGGCAGUCUCUGAUGCAUCAGAUGAAUCGAAACGAACAACAAGAGGAAAUUACGGCUCUAAAAGAAGCUCGAGAUGCCUUGAUCAAAGCAGCACAGAUCCAAAAACCUCUUGACGGUGUUCGCGCUGGUGGAGUGACAAGUGCGUCCGCAUCAGGAACGUCUCCAUCUCACUCAAACGGUGAGUUCUUUGGAACGCCAGCAGAAAAUCAGACGCUUCGACGGGCAAUACGGAAGUAUGAGCUCAAAAUGGCGCAGACAGAGGCAGUUAAUGAAGAGCGCAAGCGUGAGGUGCAGCGAUUGCAGCAGCAACUGACAGGAUUGCGCCAAAGCACGCAGCUUCAGAUGUACUCUCGGCUCGAGAAGGAAUCGCGGCAUCUCCGUGAACUUGCAGAUGAUCUCAAAAAGCGCCUUGCCGAAAGCGAAGCAGACUUGUUGCGUACGAAAGGAACCCUCAAAGAGCGCGAAACCCACAUGCAGAAAAUGAGGGACGAGUACGCGAGACUGUUUAAUGCUGUGCAGAAGCAAAAACAGCCCACGCAUUAUUCUCCAUCCAAGCUUGGUCGGGCAGCUACCCCAACAUCGAAUAGUGAGCAUCCGUAUGUGGUUGAGCACUAUCGCUCAGAAGCAGCACGGGUGGAGCGCGAAUCUGAGGCGCUGAAGUUGCAGAUUCGACGAAUGAUGGCCUCAGAGCAGCUCCAUAAGCAGAAAACGAGGGUGCUGCGAGCGGAGAAGCAAAAUCUCAUUCGGGAGCGCGAUCAGCUGCGUGCCGACCUGGAUCGUGCUAAGCGUCACAGUACGCUCCAGAGUAUUGCGAUGAACCGGCAGCAAGCGCAGUCGACUAAAGAGAUUCGAAAAAUGGGGUUUACCAGCAUACCACAAGAUGUGAAGCAGCUAAAGGAGCGCAACGCCUUCCUAGAGGAGCGAUUUCGCAAGUCACUGCAGAGCAACUCCGCUCUCACUACGAUCG